AUGGACGAGAUCGUUCCAAGGGAUAAUUCUACGAUGGCAAACGCAGAAGUAAUAUCAACACGGGAGAACCUCAACAGACGUGAAGACGAAGACAAGCUUAUUUCCAAGCGAAUGGAGGAGGCCAAGUCCUUGAUAGAGAAGUUUAAGCAACAGCAAAAGGAAAACGCCAGGCAAAUAACAGGCCUUAAAUGGUCGUUGUCGACCGCUCGGCGUCUCCCUGAUGAC